UCGCACCACCUUCUCUCCGAAGCCGUGUCUGCAAAGGCCCCCGACACGGAAGGAAACGCGGAGAGGGCCCCUUGGCGGAGCCCCAAUCCCAACGACGAAGGCUUGCUUUUGAGGCAGAAGCACAAAUUGCUACACGUCCGAGAGAAAGGAGCCCUGCCCCUGCAGAGAAGACAGGACCUCCAGCAGUGGAAGAGCUUGCCCCAGCGCUUGGCCGAGGAGCUGAAGGCAGAGCAUCAGGAGGCCCCAGACCAGCGAGUCCGAGGCCUGGAGAGGCUGUACUUAGUACCUCUGCUUUGGGGAGGCGGUGCGGGCAGACUGGCUGAGGACCAUGAAGCUGACUCAGAGGGCUCGACCCAGCAAGGAGCAGCCAGGUCGCCCAGGGCCCAGGGGAAGCACGCAGUGGCCAUGCGGCAAGAGAAGGACACAGAAGAGCUGGUCCGACAGCAGUCCUGGUGCACCACGUCCCGGAGGAGAGCGGUGGACCAGGAGAGGCAGGGAGCCUCCAGAGCCACAGGCCUGAGUCCUCGUCCCCUGAGCCCACGAGAGAGGAGUAAGGGAAAACACGUGCCUUCAACGAAGACCGGCGGGGGCCACCGUCCCGUUGACCCUGGGCUAAGCAGAGGGACAGACUUGGGAAAGCUCUUGGCUGCUGUAGGGGAGGUCAAAUGCCUGGAGGAACAGGAGACAGAAACAGCCCAGGAUGGCAGGAGGCAGCUGGUGAAGCGAACGGCUUGUCUUCAAGGCCCGAAAAACCACUGUUUGGAUCAGAGCCCCGAGGGCAAAGCCGACGACCUGGAACAGCUGUGGCCAGUCGGCUUGACCUGCAGAAGGGGGGCCUCACUGCUGGCAAAGCUCUGUGACAAGAGCAGGUGGCAGGGAGAGCUAGAGUUUGCCUCUGAAGAGUUGUUUGAUACCAGCCGGAAGCUGAAAAAACACCUGAACUUGCACCUGGAUCUCAAGCCCGGGAUGGAUCAGAGCCCCAGUGAAGAACAGGGCUUUGAGGAGACGCAGGCGUGGAGAAGGGAGAGCCAGAGAAAGAGGAAUGCAAGAGAAGCAGAGAUGGACAUGGUGCCCGUGGGGGAGCCCGCGAGUCCAGCGGGGGUGGACGUCCACCUGACGCCAUCCAGAACCAGCUUGAGAAAGUUACCAAGCAAGCUCAAGAACCAAAACUCCCAUAGGAUGGCCAAGUGCAUGGUUAAGAGUGACAGUAAACCGUGGUAUCCCGAGGCAGGGACAUCUGUCAAUGAAGAGAACCUGAUCUCGUGCAGCCCCAAAUCCAGACAGGAGCCUCCCCUACCGGACGCGCUGGCACAGAGCUCCCUUCAGCUUCACCCGCAAGAACAGGCAGACAGAGGUGGCUUGACGGCAUCAAGGCAGAAGCAGAAAAUGCAGGUGGAGCAGAGUAGACCAAAGCAGCUGGACUCAUUCAAGCAAAUCAGACACCCCAAGAUGAGCUUGGAGGCCGACCUCCAGACGGAGCUGGAAGAUGGGAGGAGGGCACAGAGGCAAGCUUCUCUGGCUCAUCGGAAGCCUGUCUCCCCUCUAGACCAGGAGAAGAAAGGACGGUAUGACCGCAGCCCCACUUCCCCCUCCGCCAGCAUCGUCGAUGAUGACAGGCACAGUCAGAUGAUCCGUGACCUUCAACAGCAAAUUCUAGAGCAAAACAAGUUGCACAAGCAGUUCCUUGAAGAAGCCAGGAAACGCUUGUGAGAGUUUCAGACAAUAUGUUAAAAGCAAGACUCCUGCCCCUGGUAAAUACAUCACUGAUAACUGAGCGUUCUGCCGGAACUGGCACCCAAGUCUGUGCGAUUGUAUUUGCGUCAUCUGCUCAGAGACCUGUAAGCCUCUUUAAAAUGGGCCAUCAGUCAUCCUUCCAUCCUUUGGAGCGAAUUCCUCUGCAGGAAUCGUACUUACUGCCAAUCUUGCCUUUAAAACUAAGUCCAAUUCAGGAAGACUCCUUAGCACGAACGCGUGGGGCGCGGUAGGAGGGUCUGGCCAUUGUAGCACAAAGGUGUGUCCUGGAGCUGAGGCUGUUUUCACAUGCCACUGCACAGAUGGAAACACCAGGUACAUUUAAGUGCUUCAGAUGUUUUGGCGAAAUAAACAUUGGACUUUGAGGGGCAUCCAAGGUCAGACAGGCAUAGUUUCAAAAGAUACAUCAUUUGUUGCUU